UCCCAUAGACGUGGAGUUCAUGAAGAGACUGGGGAAGAUAGUCAGCAUCGUACCGAUCAUCGCUAAGGCAGACACACUCACCAUGGAGGAGAGACAAGAGUUUAAACAGAGGAUAAGACAGGACCUGAAGGCCAAUGGGAUCCGAGUAUACCCUCAGACGGAGUACGACGAAGAUCCAGAGGACAGGAUACUCAACGACAAGAUCAGGGAAAACAUUCCGUUUGCGGUGGUGGGGACAGACAAGGAACACCAGGUAAACGGGAACAAGGUCCUGGGCAGGAAAACCAAAUGGGGCAUCAUUGAGGUUGAAAACGUGGCACAUUGUGAGUUUACCAACUUGAGAGAUCUGCUGAUUAGGUCCCACCUGCAGGACCUGAAGGACGUGACCCACAACAUCCACUAUGAGACAUUCCGCGUCAGGAGACUGAACGAGAGUAACCUGACCGUCCACGGUCUGGCCCUGUCCUGCUUUCCAAUGGAGAACGGGACCCACGGAACCAACGGAACCUCGGACAGGAGCGAAUCAGAGAGCCACCUCUGAGGGGGACCACAGAGUGCGUCGCACACAGCAGCAGCUCCAGCUUCCUGCUCACAGCUUCCUGUUUCCUGUUUUGACUGCAAAAUGAUUGGUCGACUGUUUCCCCAAUCGGAACACAAAAAGAGAGUGAAAGAGAGAAAGAGGAACUUUUUUAACAAAGGAGAGAGAUGUUUUCGGUGGCCACCACACCUCGGAUUUUGAACAUUUUAUUGAGUUUUACUAAAGACAUUAUUGAUAAGAAAUGCAUUUAAACUUCAUAUAUGAAUAUAUUUUCUCAGAAUGAGUUUAUAUUUCCUGGAAGCAGGGUCACACAGGGCUGGAAGAGCAGAGAGAAAUGGAGAG